UAUCAGAUGAUCAAUCAUCUUAAUUGCAAAGAUAGAGAGAGAUGCCAAUAUUGUGCCAUGAAGUUGCGUUACACCUACUCCUACAACUUUAUUCUUCCAUGCCCCCACUCUUCCGCCAUCAUCUUCUCCUUUACGUUCUUCAUUUCCUUUCCCUUUUCCUUUCUUCUUUUAUUAUUCCCUCUAACUCCUCUCUUUUCCUCUUUCUUAGCAACGUAAUUGACUGCUUGAUGGCCUGAAGCUAGAACCAGAAGCAAGCUCAACCUGGAAAGCAUUUUAUGAAGCUCCCUCUCUCUCUGUCUAUCAAUGGCAAAAACCAAUGUUGGGUCAUUCUUCAACAAGUUCCUCUCUCUUUUCAUCCUUCUUCUCCACCUUGGUUGCUUCAUUUUCACCGCCAAAGUCCAUCAAAAACCAGCCAAGAAACGCAAACCCUCACGUCUUUCUGCUUCCCCUGAUCCUUAUUCUCACAAACCCCACAAAGUUCUUUCCUCAACCUGGUCUUAUCUCAAACGCAUCUUUUCUUCCUAUAAAGCCAACUGCAAAAACACCAUCCAAACACACCCUACAACAACAGCAACGACGCUAGUGUUAGCCUCUGCAAGAAACUCCCAACAAUCCCUUAUCUCCAUGAAUAUCCCACCUGGAACUCUUUUAUCAGACAGCCCACCUCCACGUCAUAAAAAACAAUCCGAUUCUUGUCCAGAAUCCGACAUCUCAACCGACAACCCGUUCUUCCCUCUACGUAACGCUAUCUUCCCAUGCACAGCUUGCGGUGAGAUUUUCCCAAAACCGCAUUUUCUUGAACAACACCAAGCAACCAAACACGCCGUAUCCGAACUCAUUGAUGGCGAUUCCGGGAAGAAUAUAGUUGGGAUCAUAUUCAAAACAGGUUGGACCGACAGAGUUAAGAACCCUGAAAUCCACCGUAUUUUGAAGAUCCAUAACAGCACAAAGAUUCUGGAAAGGUUCGAAGAAUACAGAGAGCUUGUCAAAGCGAAAGCUGCAAGAAACGGUGCCGCAGGGAAAAGAGACGAGAGAUGCAUAGCUGAUGGGAACGAGCUCUUGAGAUUUUAUUGUUCAACUUUCAUGUGUGAUUUGGGACUCAACGGGAUUUCCAGCAUUUGCAAUCAACAAUAUUGUAGCAUUUGUGGGAUAAUUAAGUCUGGCUUUUCACCCAAGAUGGAUGGAAUCUCCACGCUAUCUACGAGCUGGAGAGCACACCUGGCGAUCCCUGAGUAUGUAGAGGAAGAGUUCAAGUUCAUGAACGUGAAACGGGCCAUGCUUGUCUGCAGGGUCGUGGCGGGUCGGGUCGGAUCAGAAGGGGAAGAAAUAGACAAGGUGGAUGGUGGAUUUGAUUCGGUGAUAGUGAAGGGAGAAGGGAGUGGAGUACAAAAGAAGGUUGACGAGGAAGAGCUGUUGGUUUUCAAUCCAAGGGCUGUGCUGCCCUGCUUUGUGAUUGUGUACACUGUUUGAGUGUGAGAUUGAAUAUAUGUUUUUACCUCUCUGCCUGUGACAAAAAAAAAGGGUUACAGCUAAAAUUAUCCAUAUUUCAAUGGAGAGUGCUGUGAUGGUAUGAUAGGAACAUCUGUCUGUGUUAAUUAGGAUAACACGUGUAUUAGAGAAUGUGAUGUAUAAAUCUUCUGUUUGGAUCAAAUUAGUAGGUUUUUUGGCUGUAUCUUUCUGUAUAUAUAUAAGACAGUUUUGUAUGGUACGUGGUAGAUCUAAUUUCAAUUUAUCAACUACUUUUUUUUUUUCUGUUUGAUAUAAUUUGAGAGAAUGGAGAAUUUCUAUCUGAUAG